AUGGGUGAUGAAAAGGAUUCUUGGAAAGUGAAAACUUUAGAUGAAAUUCUUCAGGAAAAAAAACGAAGGAAGGAGCAAGAAGAGAAGGCAGAGAUAAAGCGUAUGAAAAAUUCAGAUGAUAGGGAUUCAAAGCGGGAUUCCCUUGAAGAAGGGGAGCUGAGAGACCAUCGCAUGGAAAUCACCAUCAGAAAUUCACCUUACAGGAGAGAAGAUUCUAUGGAAGACAGAGGAGAAGAAGAUGAUUCCUUGGCUAUAAAACCACCACAGCAAAUGUCACGGAAGGAAAAAACCCAUCAUAGAAAAGAUGAGAAGAGGAAAGAGAAACGCAGGCAUCGUAGUCAUUCAGCAGAAGGUUGGAAACAUGCCAGAGUGAAAGAGAAAGAACGGGAACAUGAGCGUAGGAAGAGACAUAGAGAAGAGCAGGAUAAAGCCCGACGAGAAUGGGAAAGACAGAAACGGAGAGAGAUGGCAAGGGAGCAUUCCAGGAGGGAGAGAGAUCGUCUGGAGCAGCUGGAGCGAGAACGGGAGAGGAAAAUCCGAGAGCAGCAGAAAGAGCAAAGGGAGCAGAAAGAACGAGAGAGGAGAGCUGAGGAGAGGCGUAAGGAGCGGGAAGCCAGGAGAGAAGUUUCUGCUCACCAUAGAACAGUGAGGGAAGAAUAUGGAGACAAAGUAAAAAUGAGACCCUGGAGUCGCAGCCCAUUACGACAGCAGAGAGACAAGCUUGAGCAAGCAGAUAGCAGGAAACCAGCUGAUUGCAGAGUGGGACCAGCUGAAAUCCCAAGUGGAGUAAAAGAAGAGAAACCAGAAGAGAGAGAUCCUCUUUCAGACUUGCAAGACAUCAGUGACAGCGAGAGAAAAACCAGCUCAGCAGAGUCCUCAUCAGCAGAAUCUGGAUCAGGCUCAGAAGAAGAAGAGGAAGAGUCCAGCAGUGAAGGCUCUGAGGAAGAGGGAGAGGAAGAGGAGGAGGAGGAGGAGGAGGAAGAGACAGGAAGCAAUUCUGAGGAAGUGUCUGAGCAGUCAGCUGAGGAGGUGAGCGAAGAAGAAAUGAGCGAAGAGGAGGAACGGGAGAAUGGAAACCACAUCCCAGUUGUUACAGAGUCGAGGUUUGACCGAGAUUCAGCAGGAAGCGAAGUGGAAGAGGAGGAGGUAGAGGAGGAUACUCCUCACUCCAAUGCCAUGACAGAAGGAGACUAUAUCCCUGACUCACCAGCUUCCUCCCCCAUUGAGCUGAAACAGGAGCUGCCCAAGUACCUCCCUGCACUUCAGGGCUGUCGCAGUGUGGAGGAGUUUCAGUGUUUGAACAGGAUUGAAGAAGGAACAUAUGGUGUAGUGUACAGGGCAAAGGACAAGAAGACUGAUGAAAUCGUGGCUCUGAAGCGACUGAAAAUGGAAAAGGAAAAGGAAGGCUUUCCCAUCACUUCUCUGAGAGAAAUAAAUACAAUUCUGAAAGCACAACAUCUAAAUAUUGUCACUGUCAGAGAAAUUGUGGUAGGCAGCAAUAUGGAUAAGAUCUAUAUAGUCAUGAACUACGUGGAACACGAUCUCAAGAGUCUGAUGGAAACAAUGAAGCAACCAUUCCUGCCAGGUGAAGUGAAGACCUUGAUGAUCCAGUUACUGCGAGGAGUCAAACAUCUGCAUGACAAUUGGAUCCUGCACCGGGACCUGAAAACUUCCAACCUGCUGCUCAGUCACUCAGGCAUUUUAAAGGUUGGAGACUUUGGCCUGGCCCGAGAGUAUGGCUCCCCACUGAAGCCCUACACACCAGUGGUUGUGACACUUUGGUACAGGGCUCCAGAGCUGCUCCUUGGAGCUAAGGAAUACUCAACAGCAAUCGACAUGUGGUCAGUGGGGUGCAUAUUUGGAGAGCUGUUAACACAGAAACCACUGUUUCCUGGGAAGUCAGAAAUUGACCAGAUCAACAAAGUUUUUAAGGAUCUGGGGACUCCAAGUGAAAAAAUCUGGCCUGGUUACAACGAGCUGCCAGCAGUGAAGAAGAUGACCUUCACAGAAUACCCCUACAACAAUCUGCGCAAGAGAUUUGGAGCUCUCCUCUCUGAUCAGGGCUUUGAUCUGAUGAACAACUUUUUGACAUACUACCCAGCCAGAAGGAUCACUGCUGAGGAUGGUUUGAAGCAUGAAUAUUUCCGAGAGACUCCCCUGCCCAUUGACCCCUCCAUGUUUCCCACCUGGCCAGCAAAGAGUGAACAGCAAAGGGUGAAGCGUGGCACCAGCCCCAGGCCCCCCGAGGGAGGCCUUGGAUACAGCCAGUUGGGUGAUGAUGAUCUGAAGGACACAGGUUUUCAUCUGACCACCACCAACCAAGGAGCAUCUGCUGCAGGACCUGGUUUCAGCCUCAAGUUUUAAACUCAGCAUGAAAGAGAGGAAGAAAAGAAAACCCCAAACUGUUCACGUGAGUGGAUUUCUGAGUGCCCCACUUCUGUUCCUCACAUCAGGGGCACUUGGUGUUCUUCACAGGGGAAAAUGUCAGAUGUCAUCAGAUGCAAAGGCUCUUGCUGGGUGUGGAGUUUAACUGCUGCAUUCCAUUAGAGGACUGGAAUUAACCUGAAAAGCCAAGGAUCAUUACAGAAUUCACAGGAAAACUUGAAGUACAAUCCUGGAAUAGUUUGUUUGAAUUUUAGGGGGUUUUUUAUUGAUUUUUUUU